AUGAUUGGUGCUUUGGUAUUGACAUGGGACGGUACAUCUUUCAAUAGGUUUCAAUAUUCCUGGUGGUGUUGCACUUCUCUACUUGUGGAUUUGCAGCACCUUCUGCUGCGAGACGAGGUGUCGUGCUUGAAAUUGAGGGCCUACAAGACCUGGUGCUCCACCUCGCCAGGAGAGAAAGCCACCCGCUCGACCGAUGGGCACGGGCUGCUUCCAGCCGUUCCAAACCUGAUGAGCCGGUGCUGCGUCCAGGGCCUGGGCACGGGCUUUUCGAGUCACCUUGGCUGUUCUGACCGGGGGGAGAAAUAA